UCUGUCAUAACAUUGAAAAAAACACCUACUGUGUGUGUUGAUUAAAUGUUUGUAAACAUUUUUGCUUUGAAAUGGACAACACAGAGGAUCCACUAAAUGAAGAAUCAAAACGCAACCCAAAUCGUCCAACAUCACAUCGAGGCAAAAACUUUUCCGCUGCUGAUGACCGAAACAUUUGCAUUGCUUGGCUGGCUAUAUCUAACGAUCCGUUGAAGGGCAGAGACCAGCAAGGCGAUGCCUUUUGGAAGGAAGUUCAAGAACAUGCCAAAAUAAAAAAGCGAAGCUGGAAUGCAGUCAGACAACGGUGGGGUCUAAUCAGUAGAUGUGUCAUGAAAUUCAGUGAAUGCUUUAAGGUCGUAACUAAUCGGGCUGCUGAAGGAAAACUGGUGGGUAGUGUCUAUGACGAAACGAUUGACCUGUACAUGACCACAACAAAUGCAAAGAAAUGGCCAUUCUCCGAAUGCUUCGAAAUCCUACGUAAAAGUCCGAAGUUCAAUCAUUAUCACCAAAUGAAGGCUAAUGCGGCGAAUGCAAAUCAUCCAAUUUUGGCACCGCAGUCACAAUCACAUUCGUUCGCCGACACCGAUAAUUACGACACCGAAUCGAACGUGGGACGCGUCGCUUUCUUCGGCGAUUUUAAUUCAACAUCAGACCCAUCUAUAGCAUACGCUGAAAACGGCAACGAUCUGGAAAAUGGUUUCGAGCCGAACGACUAUGACGACCAGACACCAUAUGAUAGUCGACAGGAUCUCGAUCGACGACGCGUUGAAGCACUGGAAGUAUUAGCAAAGGCAGCCGAGAGAAAAAAUGAACUUUUAGCCGAGUAUAUUGGUGCACUGAAUGCAGCUACAGACGCAAAAUACGUGACACAAAGCACACAACACCUAGAUCCAUUGUCGUUGCAAAUCUUAGAACUGAAAAAGAUCAAAAUUCUCACGGCAUUACGGAAUGCAAAUACGAAACAAUAAAAUUCCAAUUUUUAAUUUA